UUGUGACUUGGUGCUUUUCAGUCUCUCCGGUCCCUUCGUCCGUCCUUGUCCUUUUCUCGAGUUAUAUCUAUCUACAUAAUAUUAUCGUUUAAAAAAAAAAAAAUUUAUACUUAUAACCAAAAAAAAAAAAAAAAAGUUCUCCGGAGAUUCACAUAAACACAGGACACACAAUAUUAAAAUAACAUGGACGAAGCUGAGAGAAAUAAUUAAAAUUUUCAAUAGAAUUUUUUUUUUUUAAAUUCAAAAAAUCGAUGACACAAAAGCAAUCUUGUGAUCUUUCACCAAGAACUCAUAAUAUUGAGGAAAUCUUUGGAGAAGAUACUGAAAAAUUGAUCAAUUUUAAAGAUUAUAAAAUAAUAAUUAUCAUCAUCAUUAUCAUUAUUAUUAGCAGGGACCAAUAUUUAUUAAAUUUGAAGAAUAUCAAUAAAACAUGUCAACGGAAAUUGUUACGAUGACCGAAAUGAAAAAUCAUCAUCCAAGAAAAAUUGCCGAUCAACAAAAGGAUUCAAGUACAGCGCAAAGAAGAUGGCGCCUUCUUGCAAGAGCGUUGAGUCGUUCUCCAGAAUUAUUUCCCGAAAUUGAUGAUGUCGAUGAUAUUUCAGUGAGAAGAUUUACAAGUUUUAAUUUAUUGAGACCAUUGAUAUUGGAAAAUGUUGCCGAUACUGAAUCAUCAUGGUAUGAAUAUUCAACAAUAAUUGACAAUGAUUUAUUUGAUGUGCAAAUAAGAAAAAUUAAUAAAAAUUUCACGGCAAAUGAAUUAAUUGGUUUCAAUAAUACGGGAAAUGUUUGUGUAUGGCCAUCGGAGGAAUGUUUGGCAUAUUAUUUAUUGAAAAAUAGAAUAAUCUGUAGGAAUAAAGUUGUAUUGGAAUUAGGUGGUGGAAUGAGUUGUUUGGCUGGUGUUCUUGUGGCCAAGUACUGUAAUCCUAGUGGUGUCACUCUCACAGACGGAAACGUGACUAGCGUUGAUAAUGUCAGGUGCAUCGUUGCCAGAAACAGCAUGGCAGAUUUCGUAAGGUGCGGCGUUGUGCAAUGGGCCAGGGCUGCCAAUGCACUUAGACAAACCGGAAACAAUGGAAAUCGAAUUAAGUCUUGGGAUGCAGAGGCUGUGGAUGAAUCACGAAGGACAGAUGGUCUUUAUGACAUUAUUUUGAGUGCUGAUUGUCUUUUCUUUGAUGACGCUCGACUUGACCUAGUGGAGACAAUUUACGGAUGGUUGGCGGAAGAUGGAAUCGCUCUUGUAAUGGCUCCAAGAAGAGGGACAACAUUCCAAAGAUUCGCCGAAGCAGCCCUAAAACGUGGUUUUCUAACUCGUCAAACUGAACACUACGAUGCCAAAGUUUGGUCCCGACACUUGGAACUACUCGAGCAUAAUCACGAAUACUGUCCUGAUUUGCACUUUCCCAUUCUCCUUGAACUCACCAAACAAAAGAACACUCCACCAGGAUGAUGAUAAUAAUGAUGAUGAUAAUGAUCUCAAGUUCAAGAAUUUUGUUUCUGAAGAAAAAAAAUUCUUGAAAAUUAAACAAUUCUCUGAAUUAAAAAAUUACAAAGAUUAUUUUUAUCUCUUGCUAUAAUUUUUAAAAUCUAUGAAAUUUUCAUCAACUUUGACGAGGGACAUAUUUCAAAGAGAAUGAAAAUCGAAAUAUGUUUUCUUUCGUUACCUGAAAUUUUUACGAUUGAUAAUUGAUUAGUUUACAGAAAAUAUUCGUUGGUAAAAAAAAAAGUUUAAAUAAUGGUUUCUGAAUGAAAUUUCAAAAUUUAAAAAACUGACAAUUUUGAAAUUAAUAAAAUUACAAAUUUCAUAGCUUUCUUUAUACUGUAAUUUUUAUUAAUUAAUUAAAAAGUUAAAAAUUGAGAAAGCUGGGUAAAAAGUUAAAGGGCGAUUUUGCAGAUGGAACGUAAAUUGAAAAUAUUGUUUUCAUCUGAUUUGAAAUAUUAUUUUCUUAAGAGAUAAUAAGUUGAGAUUUUUUUUUUUUCUAUAACCUAGUUCAAGAUUGUGAUCUAGUGUUUAAUUAUUAUUAUAUCUAGAUAAGAAUUUUAUUUUCUUCAUUUAUUAUAUUUACAAAUAAAUUGUGAGAUUAAUGGUGCUGAUUUAUAAAGUUAAGGAUUAUUGAUGAAUCGAUAGAAAGUUUUGGUGAUUUUAGGAACAAAUGAGAUUUCUUGUUAUUUGAAAACUAUAGGUAGGUAUAUUUAUAAAGUUGAAUUUAAAGACAAUUUUCAACUGAUGGAAAAUAUAUUAAUUUUUUUUCUAUUUAUAUAAGAGUUCUUAAACGAUUUACUAUUUAGGAUAUGUGAACAAAAUCUUUUGAUUUUUAGUGGCUUUUUUGUAAAUAUAUUUGGGGUCAAAAAAUUUCUUAGUGUUGAAGUUAAAAACUUUUUCUCAAAUUCAGCCUAGAGAAUUUCGUUAUUAUUAUAAUAGGAAAUCUAAAUAUAACAAAAACUAUUGUAUUUCAUACAAUAUUUUUUUUAAUUAUAGAAUCAAAAUUUUGACAUUUCUUGAAAUUAAAUUUAUUCAAUUUAUUAUAAUAUUUAUAACAAGUAAACUGCAUAAAUGUUAAUAUAAUAUUCUCAAAGUGAUUUUUAUGGUCUUUUUACGGAUUUCAUGUUAAGAAUAAAAAUUUAAAAAAAAGAAAUUUUAUUAGUAAAUUUUGCAAAAGUGACAUUUUUUUUCAUAAUUCCUAUAAUUUCAAUUAAUAAUUGGAUUAUAAAUUUCAAAAUUGAAAAAAAAAAUGAAUUAUCAUUUUCAAUUAAAAGACAAAUUUCUCGGAAAAUUAAAAUUUUUCUUUUAUAUAAUUAAUUAGGUAUAUAAUAGAAUCUUCUUGUUAAAAAUUAAGUUUCCUUCAAAAAAUUCAAUUUUUUUCAAAAAAUUGAUCUUUUUUUUUCUAAAGAUUGAAUUUUUGUCUCAAAAUUAAUUUUUUCUUUUCACAAAUUGAAUUUUCUGUCAAGAAUUAAAUUUUCUUAAAAAAUUAGAACUUUGCUUUCUUAAAAUUGAAUUCUUUUUCUGAAACAAAAAAUUUUCUUUUCACAAAUUGAAUUUCUUUUUUUUUAAUUCGAAUGUUAUUUUAAAAAAUUAAUUUUUUUUGUUAAACAAAUUUUGUUCACAAAUAUUAUUAUUAUUUAGAAAUUAAAUAUUCUUUUCAAAAUUAUAUUUUCUUCAAAAAAAUUUAAAUUUCUGUCAAAAAUUAGAAUCUUAUUUUUUAAAAUUGAUUUCUUAUAUUUAAAUAAAAAUGUUCUUUUCAUAAUUUGGAUUUUUAUUUUAAAAUUCAAAUCUUCUUGGAAAAAACUUAAAUUUUCUUUCUUAAAAUUGAACUUUCUUUUUUAAAUAUUACAUUUUUGCUCUAAAUGGCAAUUUUUUUCAAAAGGUAUAAAAUAUUUCCCCCCCUCCCCAUUAGGCAAUAAUUUCUUCUUAUUCAAAAAAAAAAAAAUUUCUUUUUUACAUCGUAGAGAAUUUAUAAUUUUAUUUUCGAUUUUUUUGUAAUAUAUCUAAUUAUACCUAGGAAUUCCGUCUAUUUGUAAUUAAAAUAAAAUUUUGCAAUUUGAUGAAAAGAUUUUGUACAUAUUAACAGGUGUGAAAAUUGCGACAUUUUGAUCGCAUAUGAACUCUAUAUUAGGAAGGUAUUUUUGAACUCUCAGGAUCUUGAAGCGUCGCGACGCUCAGAUACAUAAUAAUAAUAAUAAAAAGCUGAGUAAAGACUUGAGGAGGAAAGAGAGAAAAAGAGAGCAAAGUGUCUCCUCGAUUUUUAACAUCUCAGAGCCGCACGAUAUUUUUAGGAAAAACCACUUACUUCUAAUGUUCUAUUAAAUCCUAGUCAAGGUCAUUUAUUGACAUGGUUCCAUUUGACAUGGUUCCAUCGUGUGCCAGGAAGAUAUCGCCUGCUACACAUAGCUUUACUAUCGAUUAAGUUCUUCCCUUCAAAAAAAAAAAAAAAAAAAAAAAAAAAAAAAAAAAAAAAAAAACUAUAUUUCUCUAAAUUAACAACGACUGUUGCUCCUUUAUUUUCCGAAUGAAACUGAUGUAGAAAUCUAUUUUUCUCUAAUUUCUUUCAACUUAUACGUAUAUUAUUAUAGGCAGAAGCAAUCGAUUAUGAAUAAGACAAAAAAUUUGUAUUAGAAAAAUAUUUUUUUCCUCAUUUUUUCUAAUUUCUUUUAUUUAAAUGUUUAUUUUAUUUUUUUUUUUUUGUUGGAGGAAAGCUUUUGAUUUGUAGUUUGUGAAUUUUAUCUUAUUGCCAAGUCGUUCCCUCCCAAGGACCAAUCUAGUUAAGCCUAGUCAAAUGUACUUUAUAGAAAGAAAAAAAAUCAUUGUUAGAUGAGAGAUUAUGAAAAGUUGUAAAUAAACUAGAUAACCAGAGAGAAAAAAAAAGAGAGAGAGAUUGGCUCUAAUGGAGAUAGACGAGAGAGUAUAUUUCGAGUGAAUAUUGUAAAUAUAGAAAUAUUUAUUUUCAGCUGACUAUUUUGCAUGAAUCAUAAAUAUAUUGUAUAUUCAGAAAAAAAGACGUGUUGCCAUAUAUAUUAUGUUAUUAAUGGCUAUGUUAUUUUGUUAAUAAGUUCAAUAUAUAUAUGUAUAUAUUAAAAACCUGGAAUUCACAUAUCAUACUUUGCUUUUUUAUUUUCUAACACAAUUUGAUCAUAAUAAUAUUCGACAAAUGUUAAAAAUGCCUGAAAUUUAAUAAAAUGCAGUCCGUUUUUGA